AUGCCGAGCUCUUGCCAGGAUAUCCGAGCUGCGCUGGCACAAUGUCUACAAGAAUCAGAUUGCGUGAUGAUCCAACGAAAUAAACCCGGCGACUGCCUCCGCCCUCCACUCAUCGAUACGAUGCCCACGAAGUGCCAGCAAUUGAAGAAGGGAUACGGAGAGUGCAAACGCGGGAUGGUGGAUAUGCGCAAGAGAUUUCGGGGGAACCAGCCCAUUGCUGUGAGCAAAGAGAUUGAAGGCGGCGCACAGGACCCAGGACAUCAACUUUAUGCGGGGAAGCCAGCCUUUUCGAGUACAGCGAAGGAGACGAGUGGAAAUGAGCCAAUUGAGAAGGAUUGGAGGGAGUUGGAGAACGAGAAGUUCAGGAAGGGGCUAUGA